AUGCUGAACGGUGCCAAUCGCCUGGCAGAUGCCGUUGCAGUGACACUGGGCCCCAAGGGCCGAAACGUGGUCAUUGAGCAAAGCUUCGGAGCACCAAAGGUCACCAAGGACGGCGUGACAGUGGCCAAAGCAAUUGAGUUCAAGAACAAGCAGGACAAUCUUGGCGCAGCUCUGAUCAAGCAGGUGGCUUCAAAGACAAAUGACGUGGCUGGCGAUGGCACCACUACCUCGACCGUGCUGGCCAGAGCUAUUUUUCGCGAAGGUACCAAGGCUGUGGUUGCAGGCAUGAACCCCAUGGACCUGAAGCGUGGGAUCGACGCGGCUGUGAAGCUUGUCUUGGAGGAGUUGGAGAAUAUUUCGAAGCCAAUCUCGAAGCCUGCUGAGAUCCAGCAGGUCGCCACAAUUUCGGCGAACGGUGAUGCUGGCAUUGGCAAGAUGGUGGCGGAUGCGUUUGAGAGGGUGGGGAAGCAAGGCACGAUUACAGUGGCUGAGGGUAAGACGCUUGAGCACGAGCUCGAGAUUGUGGAGGGGAUGAAGAUCGACAGGGGCUUCAUCUCCCCAUAUUUCAUUACAGACACCAAGGCACAGAAGUGCGUCCUCUCAAAGCCACUGGUCCUCAUCUAUGACAAGAAGAUCUCUUCUGUGCAGAGCAUUUUGCCCAUGCUGGAGCACGCCGCAAAAGCGCAGCGCCCUCUGCUGAUCAUCGCGGAGGACGUGGAAAACGAGGCCUUGGCAACCAUGAUCGUCAACAAGCUCCGGGGAGGUCUGCAGCUCGCGGCUGUGAAGGCUCCUGAAUUCACUGGCAAAGGUGCUGGGCCUUGCGCAUGGCUCAGCCUGCGUCACGGCAAGCUCUUCAAGGGCAGGUACACCUUCUCCACAUCAGCCUUGCUUGGAGAGGGCCGUGCAGCACGGGUUUACCAAGGCCAAGACAGAUCUGGCAAGCCGGUGGCGCUGAAAAUCUACAGGGACACCAGCAGGAUGUGCUUGCAUUGCUUCCGCAACGGCAUCGAGAUCCGCUCUUUGCUUCAGCGAGGUUUUCCUAGCCCUGCGACAGUCCAUGAUAGGCUUGCGUCGCCAGGGCUUUUCGUGGAGUUCUUGGGCUCGACUGAAGCUCCCGUGGCGGAUGUGCUCUAUGUCGUGAUGGAGCUCGGUGCUGAGUCGCUGGAGGAUGUCUUAGCCAUGCGCUACCGCAACUCGCUGCCAUUUUCAAUCGGAGAGCUGCGCGAUCUGCACGGUUCACUGGUGUCCGUGGUGUACCAGCUGCAAAGACACGGCCUUGUGCACUUGGACAUCAAGCCUUCCAACAUCGUCCGGUUUGACAAAGGAGGCAAGCCGAGAUGGAAACUCAUCGAUUUGGAUUGCAUAUCAAAGCAGGGCGUCUCGACUUUCGGGGAGGUCAUCUUCACUCCAGCCUAUAUGGCCCCUGAACUUGCAAGAGCCUAUGCUCAGGCGGGGCCAGGACAGGCUCAGCAUUGCCCUGUUGCCCUCAAGCCAUCCAUGGACCUCUGGAGUGCUGGCAUCUGUGCGCUAGAGUCAGUGCUCCUCUUCUCCGCGUUUACCGACAAAUAUUUGGAACUGCGCCGGAGUGGGAGUGACCAUGCCUUUCUGAACUGGCUCGGAAAUGUGGAAGAGCCCCUCUUGUCGCAAGAGGUCAUCGAUUCUCUUCACAAGGCUCAUCCCGAUAUGCACCGGUUUCUGACUGGCAUGUUGGAAAAGGACUGCUCGCGAAGGCUUGCGGCAACAGACUGCCUGGUGCACCCUUGGUUUGCGCCCCAAGUGGCUCAGGCCACGCGGACGCAAAGAAGGCAGCCAAGCUUGCCCAAGAGUUUGCCCAAAAGCGUGCCUCAUGGGCCUCAUGGGUACGAAGGAAGGGCAAGGGCGGCGGCGCCUUGCACUGAGCCACUAGCGAGCCACCUGCCCAGUGAGCGCCCGUCUGAGCUCCGAGCCCAAAGUGAAGGCAAGGAGCUGUCAUCAACGUGCGCAGUGACUUGA